AUGGAGAGAAGAAAGGUAUUGGCCAAAUUCAGUGAAGAUUUAUGUCAAGACGCGUAUGAGCAACGGAAUAUAGCCAAAAAAGUAUUAGCCGAUGAAGAGGUCGAUAGUUCUCGUGCUCGAAAGCUGUUUCUUCCUCAAAAAAAGCCUGUUAUACCUCGUUCGCAGUGAGUUUUUAAUUACUUUAAAUUAAGAAAAGAAUAUAGAGAUGGUAUUUACAAAACGUUUAAAUUUAAAAAGCUUGAGGAGUUUACUGAUUUACUAUAUUCUUCCAGAUAUUAUCAAAAGAUUUGUCGUACAAACGAUGGUAAACUCGAUCCUCAAGCAGCAAAGGAAGAACUUCGGAUGCGAAGGUUGUUAGCCAGCACUUAUAACUCAUUUGCUGUAAGUUUUGCACUUUACUUUUUGAAAUUUAAUGUUUAGAGACAACGAGGAUUCGAUUUUACGAAAAGGAAGCCAGAAGGGACGUUUCUGGUCAAACCAUUUGCUAAAGUACGGCCAAGGAUUAUGACUAAGUAG